UCAGCAUCUUCAGACUCAGCAUCUCCCGUCUUCACCAACAACUGCAGCCAUGAAUGUAGGGAUCUGUGUGUGUGUUGUUCUCCUGGCUGCUCUGUCCAGCGGCUCCCUGAGUCUGCCCUCACAAUCCAUGUCCCAGAGAGCAGAGGGUGAGGCUCUGGUGUCAGACAGCAUGCCUCCCCCCUCACCCCACCACACACGCCUGGCCCGCUCGGCCCCUGCCCCCCCCUCAGGGCAGCUCGCCAACUACAACCCAUCCCAAGAGAACGCAGAUGCUCGGAUCAGCCUGAGCCAACUCCUGGCCAGACUGCUCUCCAGGAAAGCCUCCCCCUACCAGAGCAGAUCCUCCCUCAGCAGCAGAGCCAGCGGCCUGUCCCCCGCCCACAGGAUAACGGACAGAGACUACCAAGGCUGGAUGGACUUUGGAAGGCGCAGUGCUGAAGAGUAUGAGUACGCCUCCUAAAGAAAAAGGCUAACAUUUGUAAAGUAACCACUCCCAUCGCCGCCAAUAAAAGCCCGCAAACUAAUGAGCCCUUUUCACACUGCACUCACUGUAACCAAGGGCUGACAGGACGGGAGCUCAGCAUCAUAAAAUAUAUCCUAAAGGGGAGAGGAGAAAUAUAUCCUAAAGGGUGAAUCUGUGGACUCUGAAUCUCAAGGCUGAAGGUUAAGAGCAAUUUCCAAAACGCUACUUAACAGAAUUCUAGCACAAAGAAUGAGGAUAAGGCUGACAAUAUUCUAUAUUGUUGUUAUUGUCAGGAAAUCAUAUGAAAAAAUGUAAACCAACAGUGCAUCUCUCAAUACUUUCUGACUUCUCCACCCUAAUAAAUCAUUA